CCUUCUCAUAUAAAUAACCAGAUGAUAGCUCGACCAUAAAAAGGAAUGACAAGAGACGACAACAAACCGGACGAUGACUUGUCACUUCCGCGUUCUACCAUAGACAAAAUGCUGUCAACAUACCAGCUGUCUAUACCACGGCACGUGCGUGACCACCUAACAACAUAUCUUCAUCAGUUCAUACACUACAUAUCGUCUGAUGCCAAUUUGCUGUGUGAAAAGGAAAAGAAGAAGACAAUAACACAUGAACAUAUUUAUGAGGCACUAAGAACGGCGGGAUUUGGGCAUUUCAUUGAGGAAUGUCAGAAAGUGUACGAUGAAACUUUAAAUUUAAGCAAAAUGAGGCCGAGCAGAAUCAACAAAUUGAAGAGCUCUAAAUUUUCUAUAGAAGAGCUGAGAAUGGAGCAGAAGAAGCUGUUCGAGAGUGCUAGAAAAGAGUACGAGAAUAUGGAGUUUGAUGGAGAGGAAAAAUAAAUACUAUAAUUUGUUUUAUU